GCUAUCCAGCUAUGUAUUAGCAUAAAUGAUACGGAACCUGAAAACGCACAGGAACAACGCAUUUUGUUCUAUUUGUAAGACUUUAUGUAUACAUUAAACGCGAUCAAUAAUCAGCGUUUGUUGACGUUUUAUUUACACGUUGUAAAUAACACCUCUGUAUUCAGUGUAGCGUGCCAUUGGUUUUUAUUUUUAAUUGCAACGGCUUUAUGUGAGCACAAAGGCCUACACUAGCCGUGGCUAACAAGCAUGUAUCCCUCUUGGGGUAAUUAUGGUGGAGCAAAUCAACAACCAUCGCAGCAUUUCGGUGCGCCGAUGGGACCGUCUCCUCAAGGUGAAGCGCUCGGCGGAGGAUUCGGGGUGUAUGGAGCCGCUACACCCGCAGCUGCACCCGGUUCAACUUUCAACAGCCUGCGGGAGCAGCAUCUCCAGCAGAUGCAGCAACUUCAACAGCUCCACCAAAAACAGCUCCAAUCCGUCUUGCACCACGACAGGAACGUAAAUUCUAGCCCUUAUGGGGGUGCGGGAAAUGUUGCUGCGACGGAGUCAUGGCAAGGCAGCUCGGGAUAUGGGUAUGGUUCAGUGGGGCCUGGUGCCCCUUCCUCUUAUCAAGAUGAAUAUCAGUCCAUGCAGACUGGUCUUCCUGGGCCACAACAACUGCAACAGCCGCCGCCGCUACCACCACAUUCUCCGCAGCCCAAGGAGACCCGGCCCCAGCCGCCCCCACCGGAACCAACCCCACCGGUGCCUAGUCAGAACAAUGGUACUCCAGCUACUAAAGAGGUAAACAAGAGAGAAUCAUUGGCCUUGAAAGACCAAGCAAAUUCCUCCGCGCUGGAGGAGGAAAAACCCACAUUUACAUCAAUGUCGAUACAGGAACAACAGCAGUACUGGUAUAAACAGCACCUUCAGAACCUGCAGCGCCUAAAAGCAGAAAAGGCCAAACAAGGCCAGAACCAAGGUGAAGGUCCAACUCCUCAGCCUACUACGGCGGGAGCCCCGCCACCUCCAUCUGAGCCGCCCAAGAGUACACCACCACCUCCCCCACCUAAAGAGGAGCCUCCACCACCCCCUCCACCAGUCGAUGACACUCCGGCAGCCCAGGACCCGGCUGAGAUGGCCCGACUGCAGCAGCUCCAGAGUGCGGCGGCCCAGUGGCAGCAGGCCCAGCAGCAGAGAGCCGGUUUCCAGUACCAGGCCCUGAUGCAGCAGCACGGCCAGCUACAGACCAUCCUUAACCAGUACCAGCAGUGUAUCCAGCAGCCUGCACAUCUGGAGACGAUGCCCAUACACAUGCAGUUGCGGCAUUAUGAGAUGCAGCAGCAACAGUUUGGCCCAGUGUUUGCAGACUGGAACCACACCUUCAGGCUGUGGCAGGAGCAGUUCCAGGCCUACCCACAUAAGGACCAGCUAGAAGAUUAUGAGUCACAGUGGAAACCGUGGCAGGAGCAGAUGAACUCCACCUCCGCACACCUACAGGAGAGAGUGUCAACCCUGAGAGCGAUGCAGCAACAGUAUGGAGGUGGCGCUGGUCAGUAUGGUGGUACUGGUGGGUAUGGUGACCAGUAUGGUCAGUACCCACCCUCUGUCCCAGAUCCCACCCGACCUGCUGGCCUGCCCACCUGCGGACCUCGACCUGGGCAGCAUGGUCCUUCAAAUACCCACCACAUGGGAACCCCAGCAGGAGAAGCACCCCAGGGCCCUCCAUCAGAGCCGUUCAAUAUGUCUGGACCUCCUGGGCCCAGAGGGGCUUGCCCACGACCACCAGGUCCCCCACCAGGACAGCCUCCAAGCUACCAAGGCCCCCGAGGACCCAGGUUUGAUGGUCCGAGAGGGAAUGGGCCACGGUUUGACCAGCAGAGAUUUAACAUCCCACAAGGACCCAGAUUUGACCAGCUGCGCCAGAGGUUUGACCAACCUGGACCGAGGGGACCAGGGCCACGAUUUGUGCAGCAUGGACCUAGAUUUGACCAGCCCCCGAGACCAGGCCCUCCACCUCGCUUUGAAAGACCUCCUGGUCCUUCUGUUCCCCAGCCCGGGCUACAACCCAAACCAGACACUUGUAAUGACACCAAACCACCACAGGGCAGGACUGAAACGCCAGCAGGUUCCAAGCCUCCUGGUAGUAAACCCACUGGGCCAGCCAAAUCAGGAACAGAGAGUUCAACCAAUCCAGGCAACUUGGCAGAACCAGAGGAUAUGUCAGAAGACUUAAUUGGCUCCCUUGACAGCUUCUUUGUGCAGAAAGACCCCAUCCCUCAGACAAAGGCAGAAGUUGAUGCAGCUCUGGCUGGUGAGGUCUCUAAUCAGAAGGUGAGCCCCCCUGGUUCUGCUGGUGCCGAACCUCCCAUAUCCACGGUUUCCUCUGGAGCGCCGAAAACUACUUCCCCAGCCAAGACUGCUCCUAAACCAGGAGGACAGACUGGACCAUUGAAGACUAAUGAAAAUAACAGGCCUCAGGAACAAAUUCCACACGGGCCGGAGGUUCCCAAGACAGACGCACAUCCUGGUCCUCCGGGGCCCAUGGUGCGUGGUAGAGGGGGACGUGGCCAGCCGCCAGGACAUGUCCCUGGGAGAGGAAGGGGGGAGUCAGACAGAGGGAUGUGGGGAGGGAAAGGAAGAGGUGAGGUCAAUAGAGGGAUGUGGGGAGUCAGAGGAAGAGGGGAAGCAGGCAGAGGGAUGUGGGGAGGAAGAGGGAGAGGGGAGGUGGAUGGAGGGUUGAGGGGAGGGAGAGGGGCAGAGUCAGAUGGAGGAAUAGGAGGACGAGGUUCUCAUAGGGGACGUGGAGGAAAACAGUCGGGUAUUCCUGAAUCCAGCCCCAACACUAUCCCCCUUGGAGACGGGAGGAGUGAGGGUGACAUGGAAGGAGUUCCUAUCGACUACAGACCUCCUCAGGAAGAGAUGGAACCUCAACAUGAAGGACAAGAGGAAGACUGGCAGCAGCCUGGAUGGCAACAGGACCCUUCACUAGAGAACACUGAAGAGCCUACUCUGCCUGAAGAAGAGAUGUGGGUCCCUGAAGAACACCACUACCCUCCAGAAGACUAUUAUGAAGAACCGGCAAGAUGUCCUCCUGUGGGGAGAAGUGAGCCUCCAGGUGGGUACAACUGGGAGGAAGAAGAGCACCAGCCUCCAAAAUACUGGGAAGAAGAAGGUGGAGAUCCAUACUGGAUGGACCGCAGACCCCCGCACCAUGGCAUGAGAGGCCCCAGGGCCCACUUCCCCCCUGGGCGUGGUCGACCCCCACGUGGCCGGCCAGGCUUUAUACACCAGGGGGGUCCCAGACGCCCCCUUCCUCCGCCUCACGGAUCUAUGGAUCCCCUGGGACCCACCAUGGGGUCCUACGAUGAGAUUGACCCCCUCGGACCUCCCAUGCAUCGAGACUACGACCCCCGUGGGCCCCCUAUACAUCAUGAUGUUAUGGAGAGAGACGUGAGGGGACGGCCUCCUCCACCACGAGAGAUGAUGGACAGAGAUCCUAUGGGGCCUGGAGGUCCUCCUCCCUAUCACGACAUGGAGCGGGACCCUGGCUGGCACCCUGGCCCAGGACGACCCCCCAACCACGGAAGAGGGGGUCCCAGAGGGCCCCCUCUUCCUCCUCAUGAAAUUAUGGAACGGGGAGGAAUGAGGAGGCGUCCGAUGGGUCCUCGAGGAGCCCCAAUGGGCAGGGGCCGGGGGAUGAUGCGGCGCCCCCUUCACCCGCACAAGGAGCCAGAGGAGGGUUAUGAAGGGUACAGGGAGGAGUUUGGUUGCCCUGUUGAUGAUGGGUAUGGAAGAAUGCUGCCACCACGUGACUGGCCCUCUCAUGAGUAUGAGGAGUAUUAUGGACACAAGCCUCUGCCACCUCCUCGUGGUGUGGAGUGGGACAGGGAGAGAGGAGGGCCCCUACCAGAGAGGGAAUAUCCUCCCUACCCUCCACGUGGGCCUCCACCACCCCCCGACCGCUUCAGAGAGGAUGAGUGGGUCGACGACCGAGGCAGAGACCGUUCUCAAUACCCCUAUGAAGAAGAUGAGUGUGGAAGAGGAGUGCUCCGAAGUCGUGACUACCUUGAAGGCCCUCCAUACAGGCGUGAUGAUCCCCCCUAUCAACCCCCUCCAGAUUGGGAAAGGCCCAGAUCACCUCUUCCAGAGAGGAGCUACCCUGCAGAGUUUGAUGAUCGUAGGCCCCAUUACGAUGUGCGACCAGAGCCCCCGAGAUCGGAUCUUGAUAUCCCUCCACCACCGCCUCCCCAGCUUUCUGCUCCUCUCAGUACUGGACCUGAUGGCUCUCAGGAACAAGCAGCACAGGGAAGCGGUCCCGGUGUGCUGGCUCUGUCACAGCGACAACAUGAGAUCAUCUUGAAAGCUGCUCAGGAGCUCAAACUCAUCAGGUCUGUUUCCAUGGUACUGAACAGAGAAAUACAUGAGAAUAGAACAGAGGGAGAGGCCUUACCGCUUGCUGCUGAGCCCAAAUCGGAGCUCCCUGCUGGGUUACUGGGGCUUGAGAUACCCCCAGAGGUCCGGAGUGCCCUACAGGCGACCAAUCUCAUGUCUAGCUCAGUACCUACUAAAACUGUAACGUGGGGGGAUGCCAACCCUGCAGACACUGGGUACUUGUCUUCUGCUCCAGUCCCCAAACCAUCGGUGAUCCCCAAGACUGUUGAAUAUGGACAUGGACAUGAUCUUGGUGCUGCUACAGUAGAACGGAUCUCUUAUGGUGAGAGGAUUGUGCUGAGGCCCGAUCCUUUGUCUGACAGAGAGAGGGAAAGGAGCUAUGAAAAAGAACACUUGGGUCCCCCAAGAGAGAGGGAACCUUACAACAGAGACCCAUAUUAUGACCGGCGGCCAGUGGCUCCCUAUCUGGAGCGCAGGGAGUACAGUCGAGAGAGGGAGAUGUACCGAGAACCUCCCAUGGACUUUGAGAGAGAGCGAUUUGAGAGGGAACGUUAUCCUUCUCGAGAUGACAGUGUUGAUGAAAGACCUCCACCAGGCCACCCCCCACCUCGCCCUGGGUACAGAGAGCGGGACAUCAGGGGGGAUGUGAGGGAGUCCGGACGUUCCAGUAGAGACAGAGAAGACCAUUAUGGGAGGCCUGUUGGUUAUGACCGACCUCCAUAUGACCGUGGGCUUGACCGUGUGCCUGACCGCGUGUCUGACCGUUACGACCAUGGACCCCCUCCAUAUGGGGAGCGGAGGAUUUACCCUGAGGAGAGAGGAGGGGGGUCCCAAGGGGGUCCCACGGCAUCCCAUCCUCCACCCCCUCCAGCAGCACCUCCAGCCAGGGUGGAGAAGAAACCAGAGACAAAGAAUGUUGAGGACCUUCUUAAACCACCAGGCCGAGAAACUCGUCCAGAAAGGAUCGUGAUCAUUAUGAGAGGCCUACCAGGAAGUGGUAAAAGUCACGUGGCCAAGCUGAUUCGGGACAAGGAGGUCGAGUGUGGAGGAGCACCACCUCGAGUGUUGGGCUUAGAUGACUACUUCAUGACAGAGGUGGAGAAGAUGGAGAAGGACCCAGAUACAGGGAAAAGGUUCAAAACCAAGUGUCUGGAAUAUGAGUAUGAGCCUGAGAUGGAAGACACAUACCGAAACAGUAUGUUUAAAACUUUUAAGAAAACUCUAGACGACGGCUUUUUCCCAUUUAUCAUCAUCGACGCUAUUAACGACAGGGUGAAAUACUUCGAUCAGUUCUGGAGUGCCGCCAAGACUAAAGGUUUUGAGGUAUACUUGGCUGAAAUCACUUCUGACAAUCAGACCUGUGCUAAGAGAAAUACCCACGGUCGAAAGCUGAAGGAUAUUCAAAAGAUGUCCAGCACUUGGGAAUCCUCUCCACGUCACAUGAUGCGCCUGGAUGUUCGCUCCCUGCUCCAGGAUGCUGCUAUAGAGGAAGUUGAAAUGGAAGACUUCAACCCUGAUGACGAGACACCGAAGGAGCCCAGGAAGGAGGAGGAAGAGGAAGAUGUUAAGACGACCUGUUUACAGCAAGGGCUGGUUCUAAUCUACAGACGACCUGUUUACAGCACGGGCUGGUUCUAAUCUACAGACGACCUGUUUACAGCAAGGACUGGUUCUAAUCUACAGACGACCUGUUUUCAGCAAGGACUGGUUCUAAUCUACAGACGACCUGUUUUCAGCAAGGGCUGGUUCAAAUCUACAGACAUUCAUUAAUUUAAAUAGCUGGUCAAUACGUGAGCCCCUAGGAGACCCAUGAGAAUCCUAAGUGAAAUGAUGAUUUUCCUGAAGAUGAAUUUUGUGCACAAAAUGACACUGCUGAAACCACUGUAAUAAUCCCCAGAUGACACUGCUGAAACCAUUGUAAUAAUCCCCAGAUGACACUGCUGAAACCAUUGUAAUAAUCCCCAGAUGACACUGCUGAAACCAUUGUAAUAAUCCCCAGAUGACACUGCUGAAACCACUGUAAUAACCCCCAGAUGACACUGCUGAAACCACUGUAACAAUCCCCCGAUGACACUGCUGAAACCACUGUAAUAACCCCCAGAUGACAUUGCUGCAACCACUGUAAAAAUCCCAUGAUGACACUGCUGAAACCACUGUAAUAACCCCCAGAUGACACUGCUGAAACCACUGUAAUAAUCCCCAGAUGCGGCUGGCUUUGAAGAUGUUCUGAGAACAUACCUGUGGAAGACCUAAUUUGCUUGACAUAUCCACUAUGGGUCUACUGUGUCUGAUAUGGAACUUAAACUUCUUGUGAAAUGGCUGGAACUUUAAGCAGAGAUGCCAAGGUGAGAAUAUUGUGGAUUGUAGGAACAAAACUUGAAUCUGUGAAGUAAUUGUUGAUUACAAAAUGUUUUAAUUGCUAGAUUGCCAGGCUGUCCUAAAGACCAUUGUUAAUGAUCAAUAUCCAAAAGCUUAAAUGAUAAACUGAAUUUCUUUAAAGAGUGAAAAGGCAUUGAUUUAUACAGUAUUUCCAUUGUUAUUUUAAUUAUAAAUGUAACAUCAAUUGCAACAAAUUGUUUUUAUAAAAACCUAAAUUCAUGUAAAAAUAAAAAACUUGUAUGUUUGCUUAAAGUCUUAGUAAUUUCCCAAAAAAGCUUUGAUAAUAAAGGCUUCAUUGUUUUGAUGUAUAGAACAUCUAAGAAAAUGAUUUUGAUGAGUGAGGGGAAAGGAGACAGCCAUGGUGAAUUGAAAGGGGACAGCCAUUGUAUAUUAAAGAAUUUGUUCUUGUGUGGCUUGUUUAAUUUUUGUCUCCGUCUAGAUUCUUUGGAAGAGUGUUCCCUCCUCUGCGUUGGAAAAACAUUUUGUUAAUUAAAUCAUACAAUUCUUACAUUCCCUCUGGCAUUUACAGUUGGGUCCGGAACUAUUUGGACACUGACAAUUUUCAUAAUUUGGGCUCUCUACGCCACCACAAUGGAAAUGAAAAACCAAGAUGCAAUUGAAGUUCAGACUGUUCAUGACAUCGCACUGCCUCCACCGUGUUUUACAGAUGAUGUGUUAUGCUUUGCAUCAUGAGCAGUUCCAAGCCUUCUCCAUGCCAUUUUUAUUUCUCUCAUUCUGGUACAGUUUCAUCUGUCAAAAGAUUGCUGUUCCCAAACUGGACUGGCUUUUUUUUAGAUGCUUUUUUUGCAAAGUGUAAUCUGUCAUCUCUAUUCUUGAGGCUUAUUUAAGGUUUGCACCUUGGGGUGAACUCUGUAUUUGCUCUCAUGAAGAUUUCUCUUUAUGGUAGACUUGAAUAAUAAUAUGCCUCCUGGAGAGUGUUCUUCACUUGGCAGAAUAUUGUGAAGUGUUUCUUUACCUAGGAAAGGAUCCUACGAUCAUCCACCCUUGUCUUGCCUUCCGUGGACAUGCAGGCCUUUUUGUGUUGCAGAGCUCACCAGUGCGUAUUUUUCUCAGAAUGUACUAAACUGUUGAUUUGGCUCUCCUAAUUUUUCAGCAAUCUCUAAUGUUGACCGCAUGUUGUGGGUUCACAGCAACAGCUUCCAAAUGCGAAUGGCACACCUGGAGUCAAACUCCAAUCCUUUUACUUGCUUAAUUGAUGAAGAAAUAA